AUGGCCCCGAAGGUGCCGGUGACGAUCCUCACGGGCUUCCUCGGCAGCGGCAAGACGACGCUGCUGAACCACAUCCUCACGGCGAAGCACGACAAGAAGAUCGCCGUGAUCGAGAACGAGUUCGGCGACGUGGGCAUCGACGAUGCGCUGCUGAAGCCGAACCUGCAGUCGACGACCGACGAGGACGUCAUCGAGAUGAUGAACGGCUGCAUCUGCUGCACGGUGCGCCAGGACCUCGUGGAGGUGCUCAAGAAGCUCGCGCGGCGGUCCGAGAAGGGCCUGAAACUGGACGCCAUCGUCAUCGAGACGACGGGCCUCGCGGACCCCGCGCCCGUGGCGCAGACGUUCUUCGUCGACGACGACGUCAAGGCGUUCUGCGAGCUCGACGGCAUCGUGACGCUCGUCGACGCGAAGCACGUCGUCCAGCACCUCGACGACGAGAAGCCGGAGGGCGCCGAGAACGAGGCCGUGGAGCAGGUGGCCUUCGCGGACCGCCUCAUCCUCAACAAGGUGGAUUUGGUCGACGGCGCGGAGCUGGACGAGGUCGAGCGCCGGCUCCGCGACAUCAACAAGUUCGCGCCCGUGCUGCGGUCCGAGCAGUCCAAGGUGAGCGUGGACCAGGUGUUGGGCAUCAAGGCCUUCGACCUCACGCGGACGCUCGAGAUGGACCCCGCGUUCCUCGACACCGACGGCGAGCACGAGCACGACGCGACGGUGACGUCCGUGGGCAUCUCCGUCGACGGCGCCGUGGACCUCGACAAGUUCAACGCCUGGCUCGGCCCCCUCGUCGAGGAGAAGGGCGUCGACAUCUACCGCAUGAAGGGCGUCGUCGCCAUCGACGGCAACGACGACAAGUACGUCUACCACGCGGUCCACAUGAUCUUCACGGGCGCCUACUCCGACCCCUGGGGCGACGAGCCCCGCUCCUGCAAGCUCAUGUUCAUCGGCAAGAACCUCGACAAGGACGGCCUCGCCAGGGGCUUCGAGGAGUGCCGCGUCCCGGACAAGUCCAAGAAGCGCCGCACGUCCUGA